AUGCCCUCCGAGCAAGUCUACCACCUGCACCCUCUCGGGUGGGAAACCGAUCCCCAAGAGGAACGGUUCAAGAUCUCGACGUUGGACUACCUCUCCGUGCAGAGCUAUAACAACUACGCGCUUUUCUUCCGUCUCGACGACGAGCAGAAGCCCACCGCUGUCGAUAUCAUCAAAGCCGGUCUCGAGCGAACCCUGAGCCAAAAUCGACACCUUUGCGGGACAAUUGAAAAGGACCCAGAAGGCGGGCACUCAUAUGUAAAAAAGAAGGAGAGCACUGUGAAGUUCGUCGUGCAAUGGCUCGACAAGGACGGAGAUCAAUACCCAUCCAUUGAUGAGAUCGAACAGGCGCACUUCUCUGCCGUCAAACUCGGCGACUUGAACACAUGGAGUGUGCCCCCGAUGACGUACGGCGAGAAGCCCGAGGCAAAUCCUGAUAGUAGCCCGACAGUGGCAGCUUACAAGGCCAAUUUUGUGCGCGGAGGGCUUGUGUUUAUCAUGCACCACCACCAUUACAGCAACGAUAUUAUGGGCUGGGCCGGCCUGACUCAUCAGUUGGCUGAGAACUGCUACGCAACUCUCCAUAAAACGGAGUUUCCCCCGUGGGAUCCGGCGAAUAUUGAUCUUAGCCGGAUCACAAAGCCCGAUCCGCCCGAGGACCAGAAGGUUAACGGCCCUCCUGCGCCUCAGCGGCACCCAGACCAGCGCACCGGGGUCUCGCUCCUCUUCCACCUGCCCAAGAGCAAAGCCGCUCAGCUAAAAGCUCUUGCCACGCCCGACGACGGGAGCUGGAUCUCCACAUACGACGCCUUCUCGGCCUUCAUCAUGCGAACCCUAACACGUCUCCGUGCACCGGUCUUCAACCCGGACCCCUCCUCCCAGAUCUUCUGGGCUGAAGCGGUCGACAUGCGUCGCCGGUUCCACGACCCUCCUGUUCCACCGCGGAUGCAAGGGAACGUCAUGUCUGCGGCGCUCAACACGACAGCGCAGAUCUCUAUGCCCAACCCGACCAUUUCGGAGAUCAUUUCUGACUGGCCGUUCCCCAAACUCGCGUCUUAUAUCCGAGCCCUCACCAACAGCGUCACGCAGGAGGGUCUCGACCAGAUGCUUACCCUAGUCUCGACGGUGCUGGAUAAGAAAACGCUGAAUAUCCGCAUUGAUUCGAAGCCGCCUAUGAGCAUUCUGCAGACGGACCAUCGAGAUGCCAAUAUCACUGCAGCGGAUUUCGGGUUCGCCCGGCCGAUCACGUAUCGCCACUUGCUUGAUUGUGUCACGAACGGGGUGAUCAUUGUCUAUCCGCCAAGAGCAGGGACGGGCAACGAGGACGAGGGGUGUGAGUUUGCUAUCUUCUACGAGAAGGACCUGGCGCAGACUUUGAUUGAGGAUCCUGAGUGGAAUCAGUAUUUUGAGUACAGGGGCGUCGAUGCUGUGGAUGCCGCCUCUACAGAUAGAUAG